AUGGAUAAAAAGGAUAAUUUUGUUCCUCGCCCCAUCAAUACUGUAUUGGAGGGGAAUAAAAAUUACUUAUCUUGGUCUCAAGCUAUGCGCAGUUUUCUUAAGGGUCGCAUGCUCUGGCAUUAUUGUACUGGUGCAAUGACUAUUCCUGUCAAGGGAGCAAGUGAAGAAGAUGCUGUUUUUCUUGGUCGCAUGAUUGAAUGGGAUAGUCAUAACCACAUAAUCCUCACAUGGAUUCGGAACACUUCCAUUCCCUCUAUUUCCAAUCUGUUGGGCAGCUUUGAUGAUGCAAAAUCUGCAUGGGAUAUGUUGGCCAAAAGGUACUCCACUACUCAUGGAUCCAUGAAAUAUCAGUUAGUGGUUGAAUUGCAUCAACUCAGGCAAGAACCAGGGCAAUCCAUCAAUGACUAUUAUGAUCAGCUUCGCUACAUUUGGGACCAAAUUGACCUUUCUGAUCCAACUUGGGCAUGCUCAAAGGAUGCUCAGCAAUAUGCUUCCAUCAGAGAUGAAUUUCGCCUCUAUGAAUUCCUGAUGUCACUUCACAAGGACUUUGAGCCCAUUCGAGGUCAGCUUAUAAAUCGCAGUCCUGCUCCCUUUCUUGAUACUGCUGUGAAUGAGUUAGUUAGAGAAGAAGCUCGUCUUGCAACCCUUCAAGCCCAGAAUAAGCUCAAUGUUUUGGCUAUUACUCCAUCUACUCCACUCAUAGAGCAACCUCAGCAAUCAAGUGAUUCCUCUGGCUCUCACAAUCGUCGCAAGCAGUCCAACAAAAAAGUCUGCAACUAUUGCAAGCAUUCUGGCCACACCAUUGAGACUUGUUUCCGUCGCAACAAAUCUACUGCUGCUGUUGCUAAUACUAAGCUUACUCCGCCAAUGGCUUCCACCUCAGCUGAGUCCCAGCUGUUCGUAUGGCUGGUAAUGCAUCUCUUUCCACUGCCCUAUCUGUUCUACCCGGAUCCGAGGACGGGACAAGAGCUUGGGACCGGCCCUAGAGUUGGGCGUAUGUUUCCCGUGGACAAUCUUCAUCUUCCACCUGUUGCUCCUGUUUCUGUUGCUGCUGCAGCUGCUGCAGUUUCUUCCUUACCAUCUCUUGCACUUUGGCAUUCUCGUCUUGGUCAUGCAUCAUCUUCUCGGGUACAACAGUUAGCUUCUAGGGGUCUGUUGGGUUCUGUGUCCAAAGACAAUUUUGAUUGUACUUCAUGUCAGUUAGGAAAACAACCAGCUUUGCCUUUUAAUAACAGUGAAUCCAUUUUUAAUAGUAUUUUUGAGUUAAUUCAUUCUGAUGUUUGGGGACCUUCUUCUGUUGCUAGUAUUGGUGGAUCUCGAUAUUUUGUUGUCUUUAUUGAUGAUUAUUCUCGUUAUAGUUGGAUAUUUCCUAUGAAAUCUCGUUCUGAAAUUUUACCAAUAUACAGCAACUUUGCCAAAAUGGUUGAAACCCAAUUCUCCAAACGUAUCAAAACUUUUCGUUCUGAUAAUGCUCUUGAAUAUACUCAAUAUGCUUUUCAAGCUUUGUUACAUUCCUAUGGCACUGUGCAUCAUCUAACUUGUCCAGGUACCUCUCAGCAAAAUGGUCGAGCCGAAAGAAAACUUCGUCAUAUUCUUGACACUGUUCGUGCUCUUCUUCUUUCUGCCCAAGUUCCUGCCCCAUUUUGGGGUGAAGCUGCUCUUAAUGCUGUUCAUGCGAUUAAUCGCAUUCCAAGUGCUGUCAUCCAUAAUCAGACUCCGUAUGAGCGUCUCUUUGGGUCACCUCCUGAUUAUCAUCACCUUCGAUCCUUUGGAUCUGCUUGUUUCAUUCUUCUUCAAUUUUAUGAAUUCAGUGCACAGCUUAUCAUAGGCUUCUUGAAAGGUCAACUUCUGGGGUACUUUAUCAUUAGAAGAACCCUCACUGUCACUAGCACUCUCUACAAUCACUUUAUCGGUUGA